UGCUGGGCACACAGCGGGAAGAAGGGGCUGCGAGGAGGCUGAGAGGACGGAGCAGGUUAUUGUGUAGCAGAAAACCAUGGGCAAUUUCAAAGGUCAUGCCCUUCCUGGAAGCUUUUUCCUUCUUUUUGGCUUGUGGUGGUCAGUGAAGUAUCCACUGAAGUAUCUGUGUCGAAAAAACAAGAGCGCCUGCUACCUUGGUUCCAGGGCAGGAUUUCAGCGCCUGGAAUUUGUUGAGGGGAUCAUCAAAGCUGCCUUUGCCCUGAUUGGAAUGGUGGCUGAGCAGUUUGUUCCUGAUGGACCUCACCUGAAGUUGUACAAUUACGAGGAGCAACACUGGGAUCACUUGAUGAACUGGCAGCACGCCACCAUGUAUCUCUUCUACGGCAUUUCAGGGCUGGUUGACAUCGUGGCUCACGGGACAAACACCUUGCCAGUGGCCGUGGACCGAAUGGUGCUUUCCUUAGCAGUUUUUAUUGAAGGUUUUCUCUUCUGUUACCACCUUCAUGGGAGAGCCAUGCUGGAUGUCCAUGUUCAUCAGUUAUUGUUAUUUGCUAUCUUUGGAGGAGCUGUUUGCAUUUUCCUGGAAGUUUUCUUCCGUGGCAGUAUUGUACUAGAGAUGCUCCGUACCAGCCUCUGCAUAUUGCAAGGUAGCUGGCUCUGGCAGAUUGGCUUUGUUCUUUAUCCUCCAAAUGGGAGCCCAGAAUGGAAUCAAAUGGAUCAUACUAACAUGAUGUUCCUGACAAUGUGCUACUGCUGGCAUUAUGCUUUUGCUUUUCUUAUCCUUGCAGUGAAUUAUGCAAUCGUCAGCUGGGCAGUUCGUUCAAAGGUUAAACAGUCCCAAUCCAUGGAGCUGGGGUUACUGAAAACAUCUGAACGGGAUCAGGAGUCCGAAGAUGAAAUUUAGUAUGAAGGGGACUUUACCACUUUGCCCACUCUGCUAUUAGGCUAAUUGUUACCUCAUUUCUAGGCUUGUUUACCAUCUUAUUCAUCCUUUAUACAACUUGCUAUGCAAAUAUCAUCCUUGGGAUGACUGUAUAGAACUGCACAGUUAGAUUUUUAUUUGCAGAAGUUAAGCUGGGUGUGUGGUGAUUCCAAUACCUUGCUCACCAUGUAUGUCAAUGGAAAAACAGAUUAAUAUUAGACAGACUUGGACUGGAUGAGGUGACGUUACCAAGUCUGUGAGUUAGACUCAUUAACAGCCAAGCAAAAUGGUUUUCUUCUGCUUUUUAAGGAACUGAUAAAUGAACUAAUUAAGAUGUCCAAGUAAGUGCUUUUGCUGAACUGCAAUUUCCUGUGCACACCUUGAAARAAGUAGAACCACACAGAAAGUGAUAGUCUUAUAGGUGCCUCUUCCAACACAUUCGUGUCUUUGCUUGUAGCUUUGUGUUAAAUGGAAAGAGCUACUCACUGCAGAUCCAUUCAGCAUUUCUGUGAAGAUUAUGUAGUUUGGUCAUGCUCAUAUAGACACUUCCAAACUUCUACAGGAGGACCAAAGAGG